AUGGAGUACGCGCAAUAUCAACCGCCGGCGCAAGCCCAGCACGGCCAUAGUCAAGGGCACAUUCAAGGAGGCUACCCAAAUUCUGGUCAACAUCCAGGCGCCGGAGCCCCCAUUACUUCGCCUUCUCAACCUAUGCACUCUCAACACGCCGUCCACACCCAGGCAUCGCCAAUACUCUCUUCUCAACCACAACAAGCUGGGCAACAGCAGCACAUGAACUACCAACCCGCGUACCCGGUUCCGCAAGCCGGCAUGCAUUAUGGCAUGACCGGUAUCUCCCCGCAGGCUGCAGCAAUGGCCGCAACCGCGGCUGCUUCCGGUCAAGGAUACCCAUAUACCCUGCCAGAUUCCGGUUUACCACAAACCUCGCCGAGAAUGGGUGGGGGAGUGUCAGUGAAGCAAGAGGCAGGCCGUCGCUCGCCGAAACAGAUGAACAAUCAGAUCGGGCACGCGCAACAAAAUCGGAGAAUGAGCCAGGUUGGUGGUAGUCCAGCCGUGCCAAAUACACAACCGAUCAUGAACCACGGCGCUUCUCGGCCGUCGGUGCCACCCAUGCCACCCAACCAACAACACCCACAGUCCCCAGAACUCGUGUCCGGUGCUGUAGAGGAAUCUCCACUAUAUGUUAAUGCAAAGCAAUUUCACCGAAUCCUGAAACGUCGCGUAGCAAGACAAAGAUUAGAAGAGGCUUUGCGCUUGACAUCAAAAGGCAGGAAACCAUACUUGCAUGAGAGCAGACACAAUCAUGCAAUGAGGAGACCUAGAGGGCCAGGCGGACGGUUCCUGACUGCUGAUGAAGUUGCGGAAAUCGAGCGAACAAAGGGAGAUGGCGAGGGUGAAGGUGAUAAGGGAUCACUGGAGACACCUGCUAAAGGCACUUCCGGUGGUGGCGCUGGAUCUGGCACGAAGCGAAAAGCCGACACGGACAAUGCUACGCCCAGCAAGAAGACAAAGACAGCUGCACCACCUGCGAGAAGUAGUGCAGAAGAUGACGACGACGAUGAGGAUGACGACGCAGAUUGA